CGGGCUCUUUGGGGUACUGUUAUCUUCAGUGUAGCGAUUAUCGAGGUUGUUUGUACUCUUCGUCUCCUCGCGGCAUCGAAACUUGCUGAUGUGACUGCGCCGAGUUCGGAUUUUCUUUCUUUACAGCGUCAAGAAUUUGGGAUCAUCGAGAUUACACCGGAUUUCGAUAACCGGUUAUUAUCCGACAAUCCGGAUUAGUUAACUUGCCGACGAUUCGCUGCUCUGUUCGGCAAUUACGGUUCGACGAUUACAUUCAAGCAUCUUGCGUUAAUUAACUUUACUCAGUGACUAACGAAUUUUAAUGAUACUACGUUUUGUAUACAGCAGACAUCAAUGUCACGUGUGCGGUAGUAUGGUAAUGGCACUGAUUACGCGGAAUUCCUGAAUGAUAUGACUAAUUAGUUUUAUUGUCACUCGACUUCGGACGCUGGACUUCGUGAUGUUUAGCAUGUCAGAGGCGUGCAGUCAGUGAUAGCUAACCGUGAUUCACAUCCAAGGACCGCUUGCGGAGGAGUUCCGCGUGCUUCUGAGCGAACGUCGGCGUCCAAAAGUUUCGCGGGGGCCUUCGAAAAUGUCACGAGGUCAGGCGCAUCCGCAUCGAACUCGAGCAGAAUUCUAUUGUUAUGUAAAUUUCACUUGAGGCGCCAAAGCGAGGAUUUGUGUGAAAUUAAAGAAUAUUCACGGAGUGGCUUGUGACAUUCUUCGUGACGUGAAGAAAAGCUGUUUUUUUUAUCGAGGCGCUUCAAUCGCAAAUGUCUUCAAGUCAUCAGUGCGGAUUUUGGCUCAUUUUGUUAACGUUGUUGUUCGUUUCGCGCUCGACUUUCUGGCGCGAACCUCAUGCACUCACGUUCGUGUUAAUCGCGCUCCUGAAAGUCGUCAAAGCAGUUCGAUCUCGUCGCUGGUUAUUAGAUCAUCGACGGAAUCCGCGCACAACGGCCCGUAUUCAGGCCCGCCUACGCGCUUGAUGACCGCUCAAAAAGAAAAGUAUCGAUACUUUCGUUCGCUGACAUCACCGACAAUUAUUAUUUCAUGACUCGCGGAAGGAGCGAAAAGUCGGUAAAGCCCCAGCAUGGCCAGCAGAUGACUGUUAGCCGAGCCGGUGCUCGUACUGACUCUAAUAUGAGCGAAGUAGUGGCAGUAACGCCGACUGGUGGACCUACGCGCCAGGAAAGCGUAACACACAUCAAGAGGCACAAACUAACCAACUGUAAUGUUCCUCUCGUACACGGCCGGCCGAAUCCGUCGAUCAGUCCACGCAGCAGACUGACCACGCAUCAACGAAACCAAAGCUUGGACUUCAGAUCAAUGGGCAUUAUACUACCACCGGUAUCUCAGACGAACGCGACGACGUCGACGCACCAUCACAGGAACCGCAGCCUCGACUCCGCGCUGCAACGGAUUCCGGAAGUGGACGUAACACCCAGUCCAGAAUGCGAGAAUCCAGCGCCGGUCGCUAAGACGACCGCGUCGUCGGGACCUUGUAAGGGACGUAGUCGGGAACGCGAAGACCUAGCUAGUCUCGGUUCCGACGACUCCGGUAUCUUGUGCGGUUCCGACAGCGGCUCGAGCGACGCGACCAACGCCGCCACCCGCGAGUCCAGCGUGGACCAUUUGCACAGCCGCGAGAGUCUCGACUCGUCUGUGUCGCAACCGGGUGACAUGUAUUCCGUGGACGUGGUGGACGGUGCUGAGAACAGUGAUGUGUCGGUGUCGGUAUCGGUGCCGGUGUCACCCGUGGAACUGUCCACGCGUCUCGCUGAUGAGUCGCCAAUGUCUCCCAAGGACGAAACAGUCAGUGACAGUGACCAUCAUUCCCGGCGCGACGACGCGAACGCUGAACGUUGCUUGCAGGAGCCGCGAUCGAGCGUUACGCGAGAACGUGAUGUUCAUUGCGACUACCAGCAGCAGGAGCGCGUUCCCGAGAUCACCACAGUUGUCUAUCACCAUCCAAGCGCAAUGCAGGUAUUGUCGGCAGUGGCCGACAACACUCAGAGCGAGUUAGCUGGUGCAGCCAUGACCCUUUGUUGCGGCGCGGCGACGCAGCAGGAAACCGAAACGGUGAAGAAACAGCAACCGGACAUCGUUCGCCGACAGCAGGAGACGAAACAGCCGAAACCGUCGGAAGGUUGUCUACUGCGGCUCUUUGAAAGUCAGAUAUUCGACAUGUCUAUGGCUAUCUCUUAUUUGUUCAAUUCCAAAGAACCUGGCGUGCAAAGUUAUCUAGGUAACAAAAUGUUCAGUUUUCCGGAUAACGAUGUGGACUUUUACUUACCACAGCUAGUUGUGAUGUAUAUACAACUUCAUGAUGUAACAGAAGUUCUUUAUCCAUAUCUUGUCCAUAGGUGUAGACAAUCUGCAGAUUUUUCGUUAAAAUGUGCUUGGCUGUUAGAUGCGUACAGCUCCGAUGCUCAUUUGCCAUCAAAGAAGAAGUCUCAUGGGACCAAAUUAAAAAACCUUAUCCUGUCAGAUGAACUCAGGCCAAAGGGAAAUGAGAGUCGAAAGCAACGUAUCGUUGGUUUGCAAGUUCCUGCGCCGCCACCAUUGCCCUCGACGCAAAACCUUACGUCUCCGAAUAAGAAAACCCACCAAAGAUCUCAGUCCGACGCUACUGGAUUGUUCCAGACCAUACGCCGUAGUCAUUCCGGUACAAUAAAUAAAGUAAGUCUUGGGGACCUGAGCUCUGGUCGAGCGUUUGACAACGGCUGUACCUGCUUUUAUUCCUGCCAAGGUGUGGUGAACGAUUUGCGAGGCCAAAAGACCGAUUGUUUCUGUAAUGCACCCCGACUCGCGCCAGAACUCGAAUUUAUUCAAGCGUUAAUAUCAAUCGGCAAAUUGCUCGGCACCAUCCCGACGAAGGAAAGUAAAACCGUUCAAUUAGUGGCGGAGCUCAAUACGCUCAAUUUGAAUCUCCCCGCGAGGGUGUGGCUUCCUUUACAUAGCACGAUACCACAUCAUAUCGUGCGAGUUCCGCCGCAAUAUGCCGCCGUUCUCAACAGCAAGGAUAAGGCACCCUAUAUAAUAUACGUAGAAGUAUUAGAAGUGGAGGAUCUGUACACAUCACCAGUGCCAACGAAAAUAAUGGGGAGCUCAUUGAGGCACACCAAGUCUGAGGAAAACUUGACAGGUGGCGAGCAGUCCAAUACGAUGGCAUCGUCUAAUAACAUAUCCACUUCCGACAGUCAGCAGAAUUCGACGGUAUCGUCCGCGCUACGGCAAACUCCGGUGAAAAAUAUUUCGCCGUAUUCUGUUCGGAAUACAGACGUAGCGUUUAAUUUUCCCGACGACGAUCCGAACGACUGCUGGAGUCAGGAAGAUGACGAGAUUACGCAGCAGUAUCUGCAGCUUCGCAAGCCGAAAGACCGGGAUACCAUAUCGCAACUGAGUCAAGAUUCGUCCGACAGCAGGGAACCGAUCUUUGUUCCGGGCGACAUUAAGAGGCGAUUGAGCGAAAUGGCAGCUAUGCCCAGCGCGACGUUCAAUCACGAUCCCGAGGACCCGUCGGCAGCCGUCCUUAAGGAACCGUGGGAGCAGAAACAACGACGCAUCAGAGCUUCCAGUCCAUACGGGCACUUGGCGUCCUGGAGGUUGCUUGCGGUGAUCGUGAAGUGUGGCGACGAUCUCAGGCAAGAACUUCUUGCCUCACAGUUGCUUUCGAUGCUGCAAAAAAUUUGGCAGGACGAACGGGUACCGCUUUGGGUACGGCCGUACAAAAUACUGUGCCUGUCCAACGACAGCGGUCUGAUCGAGCCGAUUCUGAACACAGUGUCGCUCCAUCAGGUGAAGAAGCAGUGCCAAUUGACGCUUUUCCAAUACUUCGAACGGGAGUUUGGUCCGUCUACCUCGGAAUCGUUCGGCAUAGCGCAGAAAAAUUUCAUUCAGAGCUGUGCUGCGUACUGUUUGGUUAGCUAUCUCAUCCAAGUGAAGGAUCGUCACAACGGCAACAUCCUGCUACACAGCGACGGCCAUCUAAUUCACAUAGACUUCGGUUUCAUCCUGUCGACGUCGCCUCGUAAUCUGGGUUUUGAGACCAGUCCGUUCAAACUAACGCCCGAGUUCGUCGAGGUGAUGGGUGGUAAUCAAUCCAAGAUGUUCGAGGAGUUUAAGAGUUUGAUUCUUCAAGGCUUGAUCGCGGCACGGAAGCAUAUGGAAAAGAUAGUAAAUCUCGUCGAGAUCAUGUUGUCGGGCUCUCAACUUCCGUGCUUUCGCAGUGGUGGGGCGGCGACUGUUCAAGGUCUCAAGAAUAGGUUCCACCUCACGCUAACGGAGGAUCAAUUACGUCGGCAUGUCGAGGAUUUGGUUGAAGGCAGCAUUCACUCGUGGUCCACUAAACUCUACGAUCGAUAUCAAUACUUUGCAAACGGCACUCUUUAAUAUCAAGGCUAAUCCUUUCUCUUUCUCUGUCUGUUGUGUUUCGGCUAAGACUCUUGCGUAAAGUUGAAACGAAGGACAUCGAUUCGGCAACGUGGUACUCUUCCACAGUUUUUACAUACACUUUUAUAGCGGGGUUGACCAAUCGGCGGCGCGCGUGCCGGCGUUUGCGUGCUUUCGCGUUCACUGUAUUGCCUAAGUAAAUUUAUUCUGUGUUAUUAUUAUAGCUGCAAUAAUAAUCUGGCGCGAAAGAAUUUGCAUUUAAUUGGCAUAUUGUAUAAUUAAUAGUAGUUUACCGUUCAUUUUAAUUUGCAUUAAAAAAACCAUCUUUGCAGCCCUCUUUUAUUUGCUGUAAAUUAUUGUAUCUCGAGGGACUGCUUCUGUCGCUUUUUACAAUUUGUAAGUAAAGAUUAAUCUUUUCGAUUACGUCCAGUGAUGAUUGCGCGAAGAAAUUCUUUCUGGGCACGCGUCAGCUGAUUUCGGUUGGGCAGCGCUGUUUUCUAGCAUUCCACAAGCACAAAUGACGUUUAAGAUGGGAAUACUGCUUUCCUCUUGAAUAUGUAAGAUAGCCUCGAUUAGGCUAGGUAUAGAAUUCGAAUAGAUUAUUCUUCUUUGAGUUUAAUGUUAUUCCUUGCUUUCGUGGCGGGCGAAACGAUAUGAAAUAUUUUUAGCCAAAUUCAGAGCGGUCUCGUGGUGUCUGAUAAAUUAAAGGCUUUCAUUAGUGAGAGAUGGGAGAUAAGUGUUUUGAAUGAGAAAACAUGAAUCGGUUUAAAUGGUGAUGAGCCUCGUUGAAAGUUAAAAAUAUUUAUCGUCGUUUGAGAAGUUGGAAGAUGAAAGAAGGAAUAAUCUAUGGGCCUUUUGGUACCCAGUUGAUCACAUAUAUCCACUAUAUAUACAUAUAUAUAUAUACAUAUAUAUAUAUAAUGUUUUUUGUUCGAUACAUUAAGACUGCUGUUUACGUAUGCCUCGAUUGACAAAUUACGAAUUAGCUAUUGCCGGUGCAGACGUGGCGUCGUCUAUUGACUGAGCGUUGGACUGCUAAGUCGAGUGUAGCUUAUAAACAGCGUAAUUUGUUAAAGGUGCCUUAUUUGUGUAGAGAACGAUGGGGAUGAUCAAACGUAGACACAGUGAAGUGGCGUGCACGUGGCAAUCUAAAACUGGAGCUGAUCGAUCGUGAAGCGGACAAUCUGUAAUUUGUAUAUAUAACAAAUUAAAAGGAAAACCGAAGCGAAAGAAUGAAGGGAAAGAGUUUCGUGAACUUUCGUAGAUAAUUCGCGGCAAUAAAAAAGUAGGAUCUAUCCUGCUACCAGCGGUAGAACGAAAUCAAUGAAUCUCCAUUUCAGAGGAGAUUCUAAGGCGAUUUUGGCAAGCGCAUGAGCAAGAGCUACGUACAAAACAGGCUCGGAUAUUAGUGGGAGGCGAAUACUCAAAAUAUUUCCUACUUCGUAGAUUAUAAUAUACUCUUCGAUAAAUACAUCUAAUUGUACGUGGUAUGAAUUAAGGAUAAGCAUUAUACAUAUAGCGAAUCUUAA